AUGUCUUUGGUAAUGAAUUUUGAAGAGAAUCCAUCAUUUAAAAUUUUAGGAGAAUAUAGUAAAGGAACUAUAUCCAAAAGCAGACGUUAUAAGGGAAAAAGAUUUAAUCAAAUUCGACGUGUUAGGUUUCGUGAUCAAGAAUGCCUUCAAAUUAAAUUAAAUAAUGGAUCAUUUAUUUGUGAUAAAAAGUAUAAAGAUUUGGUUCAAAAACAUGUUUGGACAUCAUAUAAAUCAGGUAAUACAAGAUAUGUAAAGAGUGGUGGUAAAACUUUUCAUAAACAUAUUUAUCCAAAUUGGAAAGGAGAUAUUGACCAUUUUGAUGGAAACGGUUUAAAUAAUACUUUGUGCAAUUUAAGACGUGUAAGUCAUAAAGAAAAUUUGAAAAAUCGCAGAAUUGAACAUUAUCCUGGAAUAGGAUGGAUUGUUUUUUAUUAUGAUCAAGAAGGCAAGAAAGAUGCUAAACAAUUUCCAUGUGUUAAGCCUGAUUUAGAAAAAUAUGAAGAAGCUUUAAAAUUUAAAAGGCAAAAAUACGUUAGAUAUGACCUAAAAUGGCCAACGCUGCUCCAGAGACGCGACGAUUGUGAAUUAGCACGCUCUUCUAUAACAAAAGGUCGUAAGGGGCUUUUGGAGUGGGCUAUCACUACUCUUACUAAGUCUUAUAACACAGUCACUAAUCCUGCUAAUCUUACAUCGCUUCUUUCAGCACAUAAGUUUUUCUCCACACUUCAUUCACUCGCAAACAUUCUUCGUCUGCGUUGA